AUGGCUUUUAGAUCUCUGGUAUCGCUGACAAACCUUCCGAAGCGGCCUCCGAUCGAUAUCAACUUUAGCGAUCUAGCUUACUCGGUGUCGGAAGGUCACAAACGAAGCAACAAAAUACUACUCAAAGGAAUCAAUGGAGAAUUUCGCUCCGGUGAGAUAACUGCCAUUAUGGGUCCCUCUGGAGCCGGCAAGAGCACCCUCAUGAACAUCCUAGCUGGAUACAAAACAUCCAGUUUGAAAGGAUUAGUCCUGAUCAACGGCAAAGGAAGGAACCUUAGCAAGUUUCACAAGUUGUCCUGCUACAUCAUGCAGGACGACCGACUGCUGCCGUAUCUCACCGUACGGGAAGCGAUGAAUGUGUCGGCUAAUCUGAAACUUGGGAAGGACAUCCCGGUGGAGCUGAAGAAGAGAAUCGUCGAAGAAAUUAUCGACACCCUUGGGCUGCACGAUGUAGCCAACACCCGGGCACUGAAUCUUUCUGGUGGUCAGCGAAAGCGGCUGUCGAUUGCACUAGAAUUAGUGAACAAUCCACCGGUCAUGUUUUUCGACGAACCAACCAGCGGACUGGACAGUGCGACCUGCUCGCAGCUGAUCCAUCUACUGCAAUUGCUGGCUCACGGUGGUCGGACUAUAAUUUGUACCAUCCACCAGCCGUCCGCAAAAAUAUUCGAAAUGUUUGAUAAUUUGUACGUGUUAGCGGAAGGACAAUGCAUCUAUCAAGGGCCGGUCAACGGGUUGGUCCCAUUCCUGGGUUCGCUCGGACUGGAAUGUCCCAGUUAUCACAAUCCAGCGAAUUAUGUGAUGGAAGUCGCCUGUGGCGAGCAUGGCGAUUGGAAUAGCAAACUUGUGACUGCCGUCAAUAAUGGUAGCUGUAAUAACUACAACCCACUAUCUCAAAGUAAAUCAAAGAAACACGUAGAUGCAGAGGAUAACCAACCGGCGGAGAGGAUGGUUACCGUUCUCUCGCUGGCGGUAGACGGUCAGGAUGAUUUAAAAGAGUCAACCGCAGUAAAAUUCACCACUAUUAACAGCGCUGGUGCCAGUAGUAGUGACACUAGUGGAACCGCCGAAACAGGCCCUCUUGCGGCCGCAUCAAGGCCAAUUUGUACAACUUCCCAGCUAGAUUCAAACGAAUGCAUACCGAGAAAGCUUACCGACUUCCCGACUUCCAGCUGGAUGCAGUUUUGGGUCCUGCUGAAGCGAACUUUUAUUUCGAUUGUGCGCGAUCAAACCCUCACACACAUGCGGCUAUUGGCACACGUCAUCGUGGGAGCCCUCAUCGGCAUGAUCUACUACGAUAUUGGAAACGAUGCGUCCAAAAUUGUGAGCAACGUUGGAUGUCUGUUCUUCACCACCAUGUUCACAAUGUUUACCGCGAUGAUGCCAACCAUUCUAACCUUUCCAGCCGAAAUGGCUGUAUUUGUGAGGGAACAUCUUAACCAUUGGUACUCACUAGAAGCGUUCUACUUUGCAAAAACGGUGGCCGAUCUUCCUUUCCAGGUACUAUUCACUAGUGUGUACGUAAUCGUCGUCUACUAUCUAACCUCGCAGCCGAUGGAACCGAAACGAGUCGCGAUGUUUGUCGUGAUCUGCAUCCUGACAUCGCUAGUGGCACAAUCUCUAGGGCUACUGAUCGGUGCGGGGAUGAGCGUGGAAACCGGUGUCUUCCUCGGACCAGUUUCUACCAUCCCAAUCAUUCUGUUCUCUGGAUUUUUCGUCAAUUUUGACGUCAUUCCAACGUACCUGCAAUGGCUAACGUACGUCAGCUACCUCCGGUAUGGGUUCGAAGGUGCCAUGGUCGCCGUAUACGGUAUGAAUCGCGCGGAUUUGGAGUGCAGCAAGGUCUACUGCCACUGGCGCCGGACGCCGAGGUUUUUGGAGGAGAUGUCAAUGCACAAGGCCGAGUACUGGAUCGACGCAACCGCUCUUAUCGGAUUCUUUGUAGGACUGCGCAUCAUAGCGUACUUUGUGCUGCGCUGGAAACUGCAUUCCGUUCGUUGA